UACUUCCCAGGGUGCAUUGCGUCUUGGUCACGUGGUCUGGAAUCUCAAGAUCGCGCUUUCAUCUGUGAGGUUUCGCAGACAUCCUCACCUCAAGGCAAUCAACUAACAUCGCGGUGUAAAUCUGCAUUUUCCUGACAACAACCUGUUAAAGAUAUACGUACGUACUUUAAACAUAAUUACUUCAAUUUUGAGAAACGGCACGUAGUACGAGGCACAGUCUAAAAAGUUGGAAAAAUGACAACCAUCAGGUUUGGGAGCAGCACUGGACCAUGCCAGACUCGCUCGGUGGAGAGAAUGUGUCCAGAACAAUCUGAGGAAAAGGGAGACUUUGACCCAGACAGACUUUUCCAGUGCCCGUUUGAUAAAAACCACCAGAUUCGUGUUUGUCGACUACCAUAUCACAUUAUCAAAUGCAAGAAGAACCAUCCACAACUGGCAAAGGAACUUAGAACCUGUCCAUUUAAUGCUUGCCACCUUGUGCCUAAGGAGGAGCUGGCCAGCCACACUGACACAUGUCCGUACAAAAUUUCCAUGGGCACAGACAGUGGUGGAGUUGAAAAACCCAGAAAAUGGGAGGUUCCAAUCAGGUCACAAUUCAGUGCAGACAUGACUGAAGACUGGGAGAAUGAGGUUGAUGAAGAAGCAGCUCCUUUUGUGUGGGGUAACAAUUAUCAUCGAUCAGAGGCCAGACCCACCAACAUCGUUGGUUCAAAUUUUCGUCCACCAACUUCACUGCCAUGGUAGACAAAAAUGGUUUACUUGGGUUCUCACUUCUCUGUGAAGCGCUUUGAGUGUCUAAUAAAGCGCUGUGUAAAUCUAAUCUAUUAUUAUUAUUUACACAGGACUUUAUUUCUCAUUUAAGUUGCUGUUCGAGUCGAUUGACGUUUUUUUGAAUACUCAUUGUUCUUAAUUUUUUAAACA